UCCGUCACCUACCUAUUUUCCUUAAACUUGCCCUGGUCCAUCAAAAGUUUUAUUGAACUUCAUCCUGAUCAACUUGAUAAGCUUUUCUUCACCAUCCACAAUCCACAACCAAGAAAACCUCUUUGUUUUACAGUGAUCGGAAAUCCAUGGCUCCGAAUUUGGAGGAUAGGAACUCUGUUUUCGAGUUUGUUGUCCGACAAGGAAAUGGUGUGAAAGGACUAGUGGAUUCAGGGCUUUCCACGGUGCCAGAGGCUUUCGUGCAACCACCGGAAGAGCGAAUAGACAAGGAAAACGCCAUAAAAUAUGACCUGCCACCCAUUGAUUUGUCGAAGCUGGAUGGCCAUGGCCCUGAUCACGAUGAAGUGGCCAACCAAAUUGUUAGAGCUGCUGAAACUCUUGGUUUCUUCCAAGUUGUUAACCAUGGUGUCCCCCUUCAUCUACUGGAAUCCCUUAAAGUUUCUGCUCAUGAAUUCUUCAGCUUGCCCCCUCAAAGGAAGGCCGUUUAUCUUGCAGACGUUAGUCCAAGUCCACUAGUGAAGUACGGGACCAGCUUUAUCCCAGAGAAAGAGAAAGCAUUGGGAUGGAAAGAUUAUAUCCUCAUGCAAUACACCAAUGAUGAUGAAGCUCUUCAACAUUGGCCUCAAGAAAUCAAGGAGAUGUUACUUGAGUAUUUGAGGAGUUCAAUAGGCAUGGUGAAAAAAUUGCUUCAAGUUUCGCUGGGAAAUUUGGGGGUGAAGCCAGACGACUCAAUGAUUGAUGUACUUAUUGGCAAGAAGAUGCUAAGUAUGAUCUUUUAUCCAAUAUGUCCUAAUCCGGAUCUUACCCUUGGAGUAGGACGCCACUCCGAUAUAGAUACUUUCACAGUCUUAUUACAAGACGAAGUUGGUGGUUUAUAUGUCAAAAUGGAACAAGAUACGGGUUAUGGAAAGAAAGGAGAUUGGAUGCAUAUCCCUCCUACUCCCAAUGCUUUGGUCAUCAAUGUUGGUGAUAUGCUACAGAUACUAAGCAAUGGAAAAUACAAAAGUGCAGAGCAUAUAGUUUGUACUUCAAGUACAAAUUCAAGGCUGUCAAUACCCAUUUUUAUAAUGCCAAGAGAAACAGCAAAGAUUGCACCUCUGCCUCAAGUAGUGGAGAAAGAUGGAAUUGCUGUUUAUAGAGAGGUUGUGUAUGUUGAUUAUAUGAAUAAGGUUUUUGCAAAUGCACUGGACGGUAAAAGGCCACUUGAUUUUGCAAAAAUUAGUCCUGCAUAACUCACACUUGAAAAGCGUUAUGCAGAUUCCGUGCUUCAUCAGUUUACCAAUAAAUUCAAGGGUGAUGAGCUCUUUCAAAUUCUACAUUCCUGAUCUUCCCAAGCUUAAAUAAAAAGCUGCUCUUUCAUGUAAUUGUGUUUGUUUAUUAGAAAUAAAAAUACAGAUUUGUGGGUA